UGCAUUCAGUCUGAUUUAAGUCUAUCAACGGGAGUAGUGAUUCAAUUAAAAGUCAUGCAAACAUAUUGGAUUCUAGUGCUCUUCUUCCUGCACGUGGAAGGAGACAUCACUAUAUCUUCGGAAAAUAGCUUCGAGAAGACUUCUGUGAGAGCUUAGUGCACUGUGAAAUUGAUAUUGAAAUAAACUAAUUAGUUGGGUAAUCCGUUUCCAGCAUUGUGAGAUGACCCGGGAUGAGGACGAUGAGCGGUGUGGCGCCAUUUGUUACCCGAUUGUGAAGCCGUUACUCCGGUACGCUGCUCUAUGCCAGGGGAAGGAUGUAUCCAUCAACGAACUGAAGGACGAAAUCCGAGAGAAAGAUGUUUACAUCGCCCAAUUGGAAGACAAGAUUGAGCUAGCCAAGUCAAUGGAAAUUCAGGCAAUUAAACAGCUGGAGUUUCUCAAAGAACAGACGAAUGCCAGGCAAAAGAACUCGGAUCAACACUUGAAGGACAAGGAGACUAUAUUGCAUCUGAGGGAAAUCGAAAUUUUGAAAAUGGAGAAAGAAAUUAAGGAUCGUGAGUCAGAAAUCCAUGACAAGAAAGAGCAGAUCUCAAAAAUGGAAAUUCGGAUUCAAUCAAUAGAGGCUCAACUGCAAUCGAAGAAUAAUUCCCUCAGAGCACUGGAGGAUCAAGCGAAUUCUCUUAAACAAACCGAGGAAAAGCCGAAAAACAUCUCGGAGGCAAAAAGUUGCCUCUCAUUCAACGAUUCCACUGAUAUCCAUUCCAUAGUGUUGCCCGGAAUAGGCCCAUUCCUUGUGCCUUGUAAUUCGAGUGUUUCUGGAUCUGGCUGGACUGUAAUCCAGAGACUAGUCAACUGCCAUGAGAACUUUAAUCGGACUUGGAUCGACUACAAAAUAGGGUUCGGAGACCUGCGGGAGAACUUCUUCCUGGGACUGGAAAAAAUCCAUCUAAUGACCUUGACCCAGCCUCACGAGUUGUACAUCCAACUCCAAAAUGUUUAUGGAGCAACCAGCUAUGCUCUCUACGAUAAUUUCAAUGUAGGCAGCGAAGAGGAAGGCUACAAACUGAAAUCGCUGGGAGAAUGUUCAGGAACAGCCGGAGAUUCACUAACUGAAUAUCAUCUGAACAUGAAAUUUUCCACAUUGGACCGCGACAAUGACAGAGAUGAGAUACGUAAUUGCGCAAAGAUUCUGGGAGGUGGAUGGUGGUUUUCUGUAAAUUGCGGACAAAGUUUUCUCAAUGGAAAAUAUUAUAAAUGUGACGACGGAAAACAUGGCGGCGUUGCUUGGGCCACUUGGCAGAACUAUGAAUUCACGACCGGGCUUACAUUUACUCAAAUGAUGAUAAGGCCCAAAAGUAGAAAUUUGAUUUGAAACACGCACCAGGAAUUUGAAGAAGUUGAACAAAAACUUCAGUUAUUCAUAGCUAUUUGUAGAUGAUAUGUAGAUAUGUAGAUUUAUCGCGCUCUGCAUCUCUAUUUUUAUACCUUAAAAGUUCACCAAACUUCUAUUGAAUUAAAUCAAAUCAUAAUUCUUGGA